GCCGCCGCCGCCGCCGUCGCCGCCUCCUCCUCCUCCGUCGCUGUCGCCGUCGCCGCUGUUGUUGUUGUUGUCGAGGCCGGGUUCGUCCGGUCCCACCCGCGGCUCCGAGAGCCGGCUCCGUCCCUUCUCCGCCGCCGCCGCCGCCAUGAAGUGGAUGUUCAAGGAGGACCACUCGCUGGAACACAGAUGCGUGGAGUCUGCCAAAAUCCGAGCCAAGUAUCCAGACCGGGUCCCGGUGAUUGUGGAAAAAGUCUCAGGCUCUCAGAUUGUUGACAUUGACAAGCGGAAGUACCUAGUUCCAUCUGACAUCACUGUGGCCCAGUUCAUGUGGAUCAUUAGGAAACGGAUCCAGCUACCCUCAGAGAAAGCAAUCUUCCUGUUUGUCGAUAAAACAGUCCCACAGUCUAGCUUAACUAUGGGACAACUUUAUGAGAAGGAAAAAGAUGAAGAUGGAUUCUUGUACGUGGCCUACAGUGGAGAGAACACUUUUGGCUUCUGAAGGCCAGUGCCCAUUUAGGUGCAUCUUUCCUGCUUGUGUAUCUUGUAAAUAGCCGGUCACUUUCAGUUAUUACACCAAACCCUCUUCACAUAAACCCAUAGUGCAUUUGUAACUGGAUUUAUUUCUUAAUAUAUUGAAAGGUCUUGUUUUAUUAGACUGGUAAAUUAUCAGAGUUUUAUUUUCAUUUUCUUUUCUUUUUUGUGCAUUGUCCUCAUGGCUGCAAGCUCUAGGGGGCUCUGUGCCUCUGGAACUCGUAUUUAAUGAAGUUAUUGCAAUAUUGAGAUGAGAUAGUUGGGGGACUUAUUCUGGAUUAUGUUUGAGGUGUUAGUUGGAUAAGUAUUAAAAGCAUCUAAGUUAAAUCCUUAGCAGUCAGGUCACUCGCUUCACUAGAUUAUUCCAACUGCCAAUCAUGUUGGCCUGAGCUAAUCUGUUCUUUCUGAACUCCAUUGAGGUGAAUAAUGACAAUAAAAUUUCCUCUCACAAAGGCACUGUAGUGUGACACUGUCCUUCAUUUACCUCUUCUGGGCUUGCUAAAUAGCUAGUUAUUAUUGCCUAUUGCAAAAGGAGAGCUGGUGGGAGUGGUAGAUAGUUUGAGGAGUGGAACAGUGAGGAGUGGUUCAUGCUAGCUGCUCAGGAAAGGCACACAGUUCUAAUUGCAUAAGCCCAAAGUAAAGAUUCUGGAAUUACAGGGGUGAUGAUAAGUAGUAGUAAAAGACAGCAUGUUUUCCAUUUGUUUAAGAAAAAUCAGGUGUUGCCUAACUAAAUAAGGGGCUCAUUUCUGCCCUUUUCCUAGGUACUGAUUAUUCAACCCUUUCUCCCCAAAACCAAGAUGAGAGCCAGGCAGGCCAAGUGAUUUCAUCCCUGUUUUUAGUAAACUAUUGGAAAUGUCUUCACUUUCCACACAAACUAACAUACUUGUGAGUAGAGCUGAUUGUAUUCUCCACUCAGUUUCUGGCCUUAAGCAGAGAUUUAAGCAGCCUCACUCACAGUUUGUGAUCUGGUUCCUCUAAAAAGCCCCAGAUUAUACAGGCAUCCUUAUUAAAGUCUGCUUGUUUGCUUACUGUUGGAAUAUUAGCCAUACAGAGUGGGUGGAGGAAACUGUCUCACCUUGCUACUGUACAUUAGGCUGGUCUAUCACAAAUCUGACUUACUGGAAUCAGUACUACCUUGCUGAUUUCUGGCUGAGGAUUUAAACUAAUAGCAGAGGAGAAAUGACUUCCUUGGGGAAGAGAUACAGAGAAACUACUAGGGGGAGAAGUACAGAAGGGAACUCUGGAAUUGCAUGUAAAGAUUUAAAAGGAAAGCAGAUCCUACUGAGAGUCAGCAUGAUGAUACAAGUAGAAACAGCAUGGAACAGUCAGAAGACCUGGCUCUACCACUUAUUAGAUGCGUGACACUGGGCAAAUUAUUUAACCUGAGUCAGUUUCCUCAUCUGUAAAAUGGGAAGAUUUUUGUGAGGAUAAAAUCAGCUGGUGUAUGUAGAAGCACUUUAACUGUGAACUUAGUUUUCUAAAAAAGAACUUAACAGUAAGUCUGCAGAGGAAAGCAUCUCUUUGGAUUUCUCUAGUCAUCGGCUGUUCCAUUUACUUUGCUUUUCUCAUCUGACCAAUCUGUUUUCUUUUGUUAAAAUUAAAUGUUUUGUGAAAAAAGGUAAUAUUGAAAAUCAGCAUAACAACCUAAACUUGUUUAAUAACCAUUUACAGUUAAAUUAAUUUCAGUGAAUAAACCAUUAUAACUUUU